AACGCUAUAUAUUUACACAUUUCUAGAAAAUUCUCCGCUUAAAGCAGCUCAAAACUGAAAAUAUCUCCAGAAUUUUACUGAAUCUGUUCAAUGGCGGAGAAAUCAUUCAAGUACGUGAUCCUUGGUGGAGGUGUUUCUGCUGGAUAUGCUGCUAGGGCGUUCGCUAAGCAUGGAGCGAAACAUGGCGAAGUUGCUAUCAUUUCUAAAGAGGCGGUAUGCACUCAAAGCUAUUUAUUUCCUCCAGGAACUGCAAGACUCCCAGGAUUUCAUGUGUGUGUUGGAAGUGGUGGAGAGAGGCUCCUCCCUGAGUGGUAUAUGGAGAAUGGGAUAUCUUUGAUCCUUAGCACAGAAAUUGUCAAAGCAGAUCUCGCUUCAAAGACCCUUACCAGUUCAGCUGGGGAAACUUUCAAGUACCAAACACUUAUCAUAGCUACUGGUUCUACUGUUCUUAGAUUGACAGACUUUGGCACACCAGGAGCUGAUGCUAAAAACAUCUUUUACUUGAGAGAAAUUGAUGAAGCUGAUGCACUUGUGGCUGCAAUCAAAGCAAAGAAAAACAGUAAAGCUGUGGUUGUUGGGGGAGGAUACAUUGGUCUGGAGCUAAGUGCAGCUUUGAGAGUCAAUGAUAUUGAUGUCAGCAUGGUUUUCCCCGAACCUUGGUGUAUGCCCAGGCUGUUCACCGCUGGCAUAGCUGCCUUCUAUGAAGGUUACUAUACAAAUAAGGGUGUAAAUGUCAUCAAGGGCGCAUUAGUUGUUGGAUUUGAGACCAACGAGAAUGGGGAGGUGAAGAAUGUAAAACUUAAAGAUGGUAGAGUGCUGGAAGCCGAUAUUGUUGUUGUUGGUGUGGGUGCAAAACCACUGACGCAAUUGUUCAAAGGCCAGGUUGAAGAGGAUAAAGGUGGCAUCAAGACCGAUGCUUUCUUCAAAACAAGUGUACCCAAUGUAUAUGCUGUGGGUGAUGUUGCGACAUUCCCCAUGAAGAUGUAUGGUGACAUUAGAAGAGUUGAACACGUAGAUCAUGCUCGCAAAUCUGCUGAACAGGCUGUGAAGGCAAUAUUUGCGAGUGAAGAAGGGAAAUCCGUUGGUGAGUACGAGUACCUCCCUUUCUUCUAUUCUCGAUCAUUUGACCUGUCGUGGCAGUUCUACGGUGACAAUGUUGGUGAGAGCGUGGUGUUUGGAGACAGCAGCCCAGCGUCCUCCAGCCACAAGUUCGGAUCAUACUGGGUGAAAGACGGGAAAGUUGUGGGGGCGUUUCUGGAGAGCGGUAGCCCCGAAGAGAACAAGGCCAUAGCCAAAGUUGCCAAGGUUCAGCCUCCAGCAGACAGCUUGGAUAAGCUGGCCUCGGAGGGUCUCACCUUCGCAAGCAAAGUUUGA